CCGCCUACGAACUCGCGUGUUCUUUGUCCUGAUCUGGACAGUCGAAAGCAUUCAGUGGUAUAUCCGGCUACAAAAAGUAAUAGUAAUGGCGGGUGAUGAGAUACUAUCCAGCGCUUUGACGUAUUUCUUUGCUAACCUUCUACUUAUUCCGCCUGUUCUGACUGCAUCCCUGUGUUGCUAUAAAGAUUUAAGUACGCGACGUAUCGAAGAACUCUCUCUAUCAACAAUGUAUACAAGCACGCCUACAGAUUCCGAUGGAAGUCUUGCAUGGGAGCUAUGGGUGAACGUGACUUGGAUACCUAUCCCCGAGUACAAUGGCUAUGACGUAGAGUUUGAAUUGCAAAGCGCAGAAACAGAAAGUUUCUUUGAAUGUGUUAGAAGCAAUUGUGAAUACGAAAAUGAUGAUGCUAAAAUGAGGGGCAGUAAUUGGUGUGCCUUCUUUGGGCUUCAGUAUGGUUUUCUUUACCAGAUAAAGAUAUAUGUUUCAAUGGUUGCAGAUAAUAUAAGGGGUAACUAUUUAAAAACGGUUACAAAAUCACCAGAUUGCUACGAUGAAACUGAAAGUAUUCCAUUCUGCUUAACUCAGCCGGUUGAAUACACUGGAAAACCAUUUAAUAUAACUACAGACAUCGAAAGAAUUGAUGGAACCAAUGACGUUAAUGUAUACGUAACUUGGCAGCAACCUAUUCAUGCAAACCCCGAUACACCAUUAAGCUAUUAUGGCGUUUCCUGGGAAAGCGACGAUGCCGGCAAGAAAAGUAUAAAGUUUAAGAAUUUCACUUAUGUGCCAACUGGAUUCUUAACGUAUAUGCUGCCCAAUCCUCUGCAAAAAGAUCACAAUUAUACUUUAAAUAUUACGGCGACUGUAGUUGAGGGUGAAUACGCAAAAGAAGGUAAAAGGACAGUUUCGUUCAGCACAUAUUUGCCAACUGAAGCACCAGGCCCAAGUGGCAAUGAUGUAGAAGAUUUAUACAUUUACGUAAUUAUUGGUGGCAUUGUAGUAGUAUUCCUCUCUAUAUUCUUGGUAGCUAUAUUGCACGGGAAAGCCAAAAGAGAUCAAAGAGAUCUAAGGAUAUUUGUACCAACCGAUUUCCAACAAGAGACAGAUUUUGCAACGAAAGCUUUGGCUGAUUACCUACAAUACGAAAUACAUAGAGACGACAUUACCUGGGAAAAACGAAUUAUGUUAGGAAGUGGCCACUACGGCGAGGUUUACAGAUGUAAAGUUCAAAUAAUGGAGGAAUCCGUGGACGCAGCAGUCAAAGUACCGAAACAAAUGGCAAUCGGUAAAGAACUUCAGGAUUUCGUGGAAGAAAUCAAACAAAUCAUAAAAUUGGGAACUCAUGAAAACAUCGUCAGAUUUUUAGGAUACAAUACGUCAUCAAAUCCUUUAAUGAUGAUUAAUGAAUUUGUUCAAUAUGGAGAUAUGUACAGUUUUUUGCGAAAGGUUAAAAACAAGAAGGCACCAAAAGACGACCCAAUAUAUAACAUUGAGAGGAUAAAUCAACUUGAAAUAGCCGUGCAAAUCGCGGAAGGGAUGGCAUACAUUUCUUCGAAACGUUUCUUACAUGGUGACCUCGCAGCUCGCAACAUUUUGAUCGAUAAGGGCUUGGUGGUGAAAAUAACCGAUUUCGGAUUGAGUCAUGAUAUAUAUGAAAGAAACUAUCGUAGAAUGAAAACAGAUGAGGCCCUUCCCUGGAGAUGGCAAGCUAUUGAAACCUUUACCGAACGAAAGAUGUCAUCAAAAAGUGACGUGUAAGUAACCGAAGUAAUACAAAUAUACUGUUAGUAUA